GGAGCAAAUAAUUGUACUCGUCAGUCGUCACAAACCUGUGCUGGUGUGCCUCCUGUGGCCAUGCAGCGAACACUGCUUUACCUUCGCGCCAUACCGGGCGCGCCCCUCGUCUCCUCACUCGCCUCGCGCACCCGCGCAUGGACGACGCUGCGGCGCGCACCCGCCUCUCUCCUCGCAGCGCCCACCGUUCUCAACGGCACCGGGGUCACCUCACUGGUGUGCGGUCACCGCGGCUUUCGUGAGCAAGGCGCCGCCAACCCGAACAACUCCGAGGCGACAGAGGCGGCUGAGUUAGAGAAGGACCGCCAGGCCCUGAAGAAGUACACGGCGGUGGGCGGCUUCCUGCUGCUGUGCGUCGCCACUCUGUGGUACGGCAGCCGGCAGGCAAAGCGGCGCUACUUCGGCGACGAAGGCAGCGCGCGGGUGAGCGUCGAGACGCGUGGGCGUCCCGCGCUCGGUGGUCCGUUUGUGCUGGUGAACACGAAGGGCGAGCCGGUGUCGCAGGCCGAUUUCCUCGGCUCGUGGGCCUUCUUCUACUUCGGCUUCACGCACUGUCCGGAGAUUUGCCCGGUGGAGCUGAACCGCAUGUCUCACGUGGUGGACGCGGUGCACGCCGCGAAGCCAAACGAGCGCAUUUCGCCGCUCUUUGUGUCCUGUGACCCCCGCCGCGAUUCGCUGGAGGCGAUUGAGGAGUACCUUUCCGUCUUCCACCGCGAGUUCAUCGGCCUGGUGGGGACGCCGAAGCAGGUCAACGACGCCUGCCGCUCCUACCGCGUGUACUACUCCGUCCCCACCGAGGAAGACGCACAGACGGACGACUACCUCAUUGACCACAGCAUUGCCAUCUUCCUGUUUGAUCCGCAGGGUCGCUUUGUGGACUUCUUCGGCAACCGCUACGAUGAGCGGGAGAUCACGGAGAAGGUGCUGCAUUACAUGUCCGAGUACGAGAAGGACCCCUCGUGGACGAACUGGUAA